GUGAGAAUAGUAUAAAAUAUUCUCUUCCUUCGACAGAUUCCAGACAACCUUUUGAAAAACCUAAGUAUUUUAUAUUGAUUUUAAAAAGUUCCAUGGGACACUAUGAUAUGUUUCAGAUAAAAUAGAGUAUGUCUUGAUAUUCUGACAUUGUUUGGAUCAAAUCUGACUGAGUUAUGAACUUUCUAAUUUUACAUGAAAAUAAGAAGCAAUGGGUUAUUUCACCUAGUAUAAAGUUUUACUAGAUUUCUGAACUUUUUCGAAAGACAAAUAUCGCCACGAGAAUCUUCAUGGUUAAAAACCUAUGUUUGCUUACAUUACUGAGGCUCCCAAUCCUGAGAAUGGUUGGUUCCGAGGAUAUCUAAGUGGUCCCAGCAAAACGUCUAUAAAUACCAAACGAAGAAACAUAGCGGUCUCAGACUUGUGUAGUCUUGUAGAGCAGAUGUUGCUCUACCUAGAUGUAAAUUUAGGACGAAACUUUUGUCUGGAAUCCUUUCCACAACACUGUUGGACAUUUUGUCCGACAUGGUACACCACCUGCAGAUAGUAGCUUUUAGAUCUCUUUUAGGUCUUUCGAUAGCUCCAUCAAUUUACUUCAGAAUGGUGGAAACCAGACCUCUGUAGCUCAUUCCGAUCAACCAUUAUUCAAAAAACAUCAGAAUGACUUUUCGCUUUUUGACUCCUUGGCACUAGGUCGAAAUAUACCUACGUGUACUACGUAGUGUCGAAUACUGCUGAAACUAUCAGCCACAACCGAUAAAGGUUCAUUGGGACAAGUCCAUGUGAAACACAGUAGAAACGAAGGCUGAUCCAGAGACAGUGUAUUACGAAAGCUACUUUCCUACGACUUAUAUAUCAGCGAGAAAACAUGGAGAGCGCUCGCAGACGUCUUCAGUUCUUGAAUGAAUAUGAAUGGAGGGAAGAGAAAGCAAAAUGAUACGUCCUAGAUGAAUAAUCAUAAACAAUUUGAUCCAACUAUAAUCGAUGAUGACAUCAGUAUUAGAUUAAUGAAAUCUUUUAUUGAUUACACUUGUAAUAUCCUUAAGAAAGGAAAAUGUCAGCAUUAUUUUAUUGAAGAUGUCAAUAUUCUUGACCAGUAUGAUUAUGAUUUUUUGGAUUUUAUUCAUGAAAUAUUAAUAAAUAUUGCUAUACCAGAUCAACAACAUCAAACAAAUCUUAAAGGCGAAAAAUUAUGUCGUUAUUUAAAUUUUAUAGAUCUAACUCCUGAAAUGGUUGAUAAAUUUGAUCAAUUACAAACAAAUUAUUUUUCUAGUCGAAGUCAAAUAUAUAUCCCUAAAAAAUAUGAUGGUUUAUUACAAACAACGUUUAUUGAUUUAUAUACAGUUGAAUUAGAUAUGGACAAUUGGUGGGAUAACAUUAGACAACUCCUUCAUAUCGAUACUAAUGUAAAUGAUAAUAAUGAAGAUUUUGAUAUUGAUGGACUUAGUGUAGCCGAUAUAUGUGGUAGCCUAAUAUUUGUAUCCAAUGUAUUACAAGUAGGUUAUUCAGUAAUUGAAGACAUGAUUCAUGACAAUCAUAUACUGGAAUAUUUAUUUAAAAAUAAAAAAUAUUUAAUCAAAUAUGCCAUUAAUGUUGGUAAUAGAUGGAUGUAUGACAGACAUAUUUUGUCAUUGAAACAACAAUUAUUUACUAAAUUUUAUCUUACAAUGGAUUCACCAUUGAACGGUAAAAUGUUUAGUCAUAAAUAUCAAACACGUCAUAAUGAUAAAUUUCAUAUUAGAAUUAGUCAAAACGAGAUAUGUGUACAAUUUACAAAAGAUCAAAUUGUUGAUCACUACUGGAUACAAAUACUAACUGAUACUGUUGCUGACAUUCUGUUUUUGAUUGGAUGUGGUUAUUCUAGUUCAAAAUUUGCUUUAUACGAUAAAUUAUUAAUAAAAAACACAAAAUCAAAAAGAAAACGACUUGUUAACGUAUUCGAAUUUUUUCAGAGAAUAUAUAAUGCCACGCGUGUCGAAGAUGAAAUAUGUUCAACUAAAUUGUAA